AUGGCACAGCUGAUGCAGGGUAACCAGUCAAAGUAUGUCCCACUAUCUCUGGACAAGACAACUAUUCUUGCAAAGAUCCCACUGCAUGGAGAUCAGCUUUUCGAGGAGAGGGUUAGAAACGUUAAAUGGACAUACCGAGAUGGAGAAUGCAGUGUGGAGAGGCUAGAUGGCCUUGAACCAGAGUGUGCAGAUUGGCAUGCCAAAUUCACUUUGUACAAGGUACAUUCCACUAUAUUAGAGCAGAGCUGGCCCUGUUGUGAGGUCAAAUGGUCCCACGUUACACAGCCUAUGCAACUGUUAAAAGUUAACUGAUGUUCAAUAAAAUACCUUUACAUCAUUUACUACAGAUGGAAAACAAGUUGUUUGUGAAUCAUGCGUCUGCUGGAGAGAUCGGCACAUCAGUGGCAAGCAUGUACAGAACUGGCAAGAAAAAUGCUGUUAAGAAUGUACGCAAUAACUACAAUGAAUAUAGUGAGUUCCAUGCCAGGGAGGUGGAGGCUCACAUAUGUGCAGCUUUCAUGCAAAAGAUGAGUAUGCUGAAAAUGAAUGGUAAGUCAUUAUGUGAAUAUAAAGAAUAUUGCACAGAAACAUACUUAAUUUUCCAUUUCCAUGACAAUCGACGCCCAGCAGAUAGAGAAUGUGUAAGCCACUGUACAUACUCAUUAGGUGGGGAGUUGCAAGUGCCGGUUGUUGUUAAAUAUAUUUUUUACUUUAAUUAUGUUAUAGAUAAACCCAAUGUUGUACUACCAGAUGAUUCAGUUUCAAAGUCUAUUAAAGGGAAGUGGCUACUUGAUAUGUGCAGUGAUUUUGUAUGUGUUUCAGUCAGAGAAAGUUCUUGAUAUUGUAAACAAGACAGCUGAGCUAGAUGAAAAGAUAAAAUCACCAUUUGCAUGUAGGGCAGAUGGUUGCAACAAGUCCUAUCUGUCUCAUUCUGCCAGAGUCAGGUGGGUCUAUCUUUCCAUUAUAGUUCAAACUGUGUGUUAGAACUAACUAAUAAGUUCACAAUACAGUUACAUCCAGGCAACUGGCAUUGGAUUAUACCCUGUGAGGCAGAGGUUUAUAAAGCUCCCAAAGGCUAACAACCCUUAUAAUAUUCAUAAGCUAUCGAGGUGGAGACUGUAUGUCAAUUAGAUGCUUAACAUUUUCCUAAUAUUUGAAAUUUUCUUAGUAUCCAGUUUGGGAUAUAAGUCAUUCACAGUUUGGUAUUCAAAACCAAAUUAUAGUAUCCUUUGAAUUGGAGAUACUGCAAAUUUUAGACCAUGGUAAAUAAUUAGAUCAUUAAAUACUACCAGGAUCAUUUACUGAAUGAACAUGCUUGUGAAAAGUUUCAAUUUUUCUUAUUUUAUUAGACAUGAAAUUGGCAAGCACAAACUUGUCAUUGCAAGAUUUGAAGAAAUAAAUGAUGAGCGAGAUCAUAUGGGAUAUUAUUUCUGUCGAUGUGGCUGCGCUUUCGUUUUUAGUACUCGAGCAACAAGGAAUAGGUUUGUAAAAUACUAUAAUUUUGAAAUACUAUUUAUUUUGGACACAAACAUCCCAUUGAGUGGCAACACACUCUCCUAAAACUGUCCGGCAUCGUGUACUAGUUAGGGGAUUGUAGAUGUAUAUUAUUUAUUAAAUAGCUAAAUAACAACUGCAACAAAUGAGGUCCCAUCCUAUUAAGAUUAAAAAUAUACUGUAUAUUGGACUAUAAAUUUCCCAUUUUUCUUCAGGCAUGAGAAAACAAUCCACCACGCAACAGGGUGUGAAUAUCCUGAGAUGACACCAGAUGCCCAAACCACCCACCCAGACUACAUAUUCAACUACCAUCAAGCAAAAUUGGCCCUUGGCUUAUUCUUAUUGGAACUAGCCGAAUGUAUAAAAGAAGGAGAUGGUGAACGUCUCUAUGAAGUCUACAAACUGGCUCUUCUGCUAUUUAAGAGCAGAGGCCACACCAAGUAUGCUUAUAAAGUUCUGCUGUAUCUUGCUAAGAUCAAUUUUCUUCUUUCGCAUGAAGAAACUUUCACUUUGAAAUGGAACCGGUUUUACAACCACCAUGGUGGGAAAGGAAAAAAAUCCCUCUUGAUCUUAGGAAAGAACAACGAGUAA